GCUAGGCUCCCUGAGCAGGGGGUCUGGAGGGCUGGCUGUGGUGGAGCUCACAGGGAGGCUGCUGCCUGUCUAUGUGCAGGCGGGACUCAGCCGCUGGGGCCUGGUCACCGCGGAGGGGCGCGCCUAGCUGGCGUGGAUCUGCCCGCACGUGAACUCCACCUCCUUGCUGGCUCGCCGCCCAGCGUAGAAGCUGCUGGUCUCCGCCCCGCUGCAGCGCCGCCUCAGCUCUUGGCAUAGUAAUCUCAGUUCCUGAUCGCGCAGAGCUGGCUCCUGGCUGCAGCGGACUGCUCAAGUCACCCAGCAGCAGUGUGGCAGAGCCAGGGCUGGGAAUCGACUAGAAGCCCAGCACCGCGCAGACAGCGGCCCAGCGGGGGACACCCCGCCGGAGCAGGCCAGUUUAGCCGAGAACUCAUCCCUAUGGCUUCCCUCUGAGUUCCUACUACUUCCCAGUGGAAAGCAUACUUGGAACAGACACUGGAGUGAUCUUGGAGAGAGGUCCCAUGGGGACUGUACCUGACCCUCUGAGGGUGACUAAAGCUUCGAUAGUGGCAGCUUCUGGGAAGGAAGAGUCUCGAGGGGAGCCGCAGAGUGUCUCACCACAACCAGCUCAGCCAGAUAAGAAUGCUAGUGGCAUUGCCAAUGCUCCUGCAGAACUCAGCCUCCGGCUCAGUGCAGCUGCUCAAGCCCUGAUGCAAGCUUGUGUGCCUGAGUCCAGCCAGCAAGACAUGGCAUCUCCUGGUGUCUUCAGUGAGGGAGAGCCAGUGUCUCCCAAACAGAAAACAACUGUUGACUUCCUGCUUCAUGGAAGCAAGGAGUCCGCAGCACCAGGCCUGAACGCUACUGCACAAAAGGAACUUAUAUCUGCGCCAUGUUCAAUAUCUGUAGUCCAGCACACUCACCAUGCCAUCCAAAGUGAUGCACCAAAAACUAGCACCUGUGAAGUACCUGAAGGUUCCUUGGUGAAAUCCGAGGCAAACUCAAACGGCAAGAACCCUGAAAAGCCAAGUUGUCCUGCCAGGGUCACCUGUUGCAGCAGCAAAAAUCAAGAAGGGCUCUGUGAUUUUCCUUCUCCAGAAAACAGCCAGGGAAUUUUACAGACUCCAGAUAUAGCAUCCCCUUCUGCAGACAGACCUGAGGGGGAAGGGCAGAAAGUCAUCAAUAACAUCACAGCGCUGUCCAGUGAACCUCCAGUAAGAGGGGGAUGCUCAGAGAACAAACAGCCCUCUGCCACUGCCUUGAACACCACAGCUGAAAGGUUGGAAAACCCUCCACCGUCCCCCCUCACCAGCAAAGGGGCCACAUGUUCUUCCGAAGCAAGGCAGGCACUGCUACCAGCACAGUAUCCUGUGUCAAGGUUUAAAGAAGCCAGUACAAUGACCUGCCAAGCUGAAAGCGAGGCUAAGGAGGUCCCUGGCAGGGCUUGGCAAGAUGCUGAGGUACAGGCAGUGGCAAGUGUGGAGAGCAGGUCUGUCUCUACCAGCCCCAGUAUCCUCCCUGCAUAUUUAAAGGAAAAUCCUGCUCCUGAGCUGGAGAAUGGGCAGGAGCAACUGCGUGUCAUUUGCCAUGGCAAGGGCAGUGGGAACCACUUGUUGGAACUCUCUAACAGCAUGGUAGACUCCCAGGAGUCAAGGCAGUGCCCCAGCAUUGUACCACAGGUGCAUAUCCAAGCAGCCAUUGCCACUCCUGCAGCUUUCAAAGAGGGAUGCAAACCAGCGAGCCAACCAGCUGAAGGCCUUAAAUCCCCACUGAUCCAUGUGACCUCCAGUCAAAACACGGAAACAGAGGAAGACCUGUGGUUAUCAGCAAGCAAAGAGGCAACCUCCAGACAGCCUGAAGGUACUAAUCCUGACUUCCAGAAAGCUAACCCCAUUGGCCAGAUUUCCCUCCGAUCAGGGAGUCAAGCUGAGAUAAAUCAGGGGUUGCAGAACUCCGGACCCAGGGAACCUGAAAUUGUAGUGAAAACUGCAAAUGACCACAAAGCAGAGUCAGGCUGCAAACUGUCCAACUCCGGUGGAGGUGCAAACAAAGACCACCCCCCGGAGAGCUUGGACCCCACUGAUAAAAAAGGUGCAACGGACAAGAAGCCUGCGUCUCCUCUUAUUGUGAAAGACCAUGCACCUGGAGCCACCAACACCCUAGAUGCCAAAACCCUAUUGCUAAAUCCUAAAUCUCAGGGAAAUGAAGGUGAGGGACUAGAGGUCAAUCCUGCACCCUCCCCAGGGAGAAAGAGCCAACAGAACACCUUGGAAGAACACAGGCAGCCCAAGACCGUCAUGAGUCUGAGCCUGCCAUCAGAUGGCACAGGUGACUCGAGCCCAGGCUCAGGUAAGAGGACCCCUUCUCUCUCAGUCAAGGCCAGCCCGCGCAGGGGCAGCCGGGUCAGUGAGUUCCUGAAGGAGCUCAGUGUGACAGCAGCUGCUGCCCAGGUGGGCCUCACACCUGGAGAGAAGAAGAAACAGAUGGGUGCAGACUCCAAGCUGCAUCUGAAACAGUCCAAGCGAGUGAGGGAUGUGGUGUGGGAUGACCAGGGCAUGACCUGGGAAGUGUAUGGUGCUUCCUUGGACCCGGAGUCCCUGGGAGUUGCCAUCCAGAACCAUUUACAAAGACAAAUUAAGGAACAUGAGAAGAUAGUUAAAACACAAAGUGGCCAAACUCGAAGGUCAAUUUCCUCAGAUUCUUCUUCAAGUAAGAAGCUUAAAGGGAGACAACAUGGUGUUCUGCAGUCCAUGCUGCAAAACUUCCGGCGCCCCAACUGCUGUGUCCGCCCUGCUCCAUCCUCUGUGCUGGACUAAAAGGGAACUGCACUAGUGUACGAGCUGUGGUAUUCCUUGUGUCUGUGUCAAAGCUUAGACGUUUGGAUUUCUGUUUUGUUUUAGGUUUGUUGUUGUUUUCUGAGAGACCUAGGAGUAAAAGCAACUAUUAGAUUUAAAACUUAGCUAUUAGGAAUUGUUGGGUUCUCCACAAAUAAAAUGCUGUUUCCCACUGAUAGAAUACAAUAGUGAAGCAAAGCUUACAGCUAGCACGAGUUCAGAAGAAAUGAUCGUCACUGUGGUUUUUAAAGACAUUAUUAUUUAUACACACAAGUCAUUCGGUAUUUUCACCUCAGUCUAUCACAGGAUGGUAUUUCCACUAAAAUGCCUGCUUUACGCUAAAACUAGCAAAAACAACUAUUAGCAACACUGUGGUAAUUUCUGGUAUUACUGAAGUAAGAAUGCUAGUACCACAAAACGUUGCUAGUACCACAAGAGGAUGCUAGAACCGCAAAUGUUUAAGUAGCUUUUAAGAACCUUCAUGUGAAAACUUGAAAAUCAAAUGUAUGUUAUCCCAGGGACAAAUAAGAUAAAAUGAAAAUACUCAAAAACGUAUUAAAAAAAACAAAUAUGAACUGGCUAUAGACAUCUAAAGCUAACCCUUUUUAUGUGAACAAGUUCUUGUUAGAAAAGUUACCUAUACCUCCAGAUAUGAAUACUGCCUGUACUAAACAUAAAUUUAUAUAUAUACAUUUUCCUGCAAAGCGCAUCCCUGUGCUUUGGACCACAUUAAAAUGAUAUUUUCUUACACUAGAGGAAGUGUCUGUGACUGGAGUCUUGAGACUAAGGAGGAUAGUUAAAUUUUGUAUUGUAAGUGUGUCCUCUGCUAACAGGUUCUGAUUGCUCAAAUGUACAACCUAGAUUGCUUCAGAAUCAUCACUUUUAAGAGACAUACUCUUACACUUCAGAGGUCUUCAUGAAAUCACAGUUUGAACUUUGGGUGGCCAUCUUCCCUCACUGGUUUCUCCAGGAAUGACAUGCAUGGGAACAUCCUUGACUCACUGAGUUGGGGUGGCAGCAGCAGCUUGUGCAUUGGGGUAGGAUGAAGAAGGAGCAUGGUGAAGGUUUAGGGCAGGGCUUCCUCCCAGCCUUCAUCAUCUACACAAAGCUAAUCUGAAGGUUGCAGUUAACACUUCAGACUUAGAUGUGGAAGGAAAAGCAACAACUUUUGCUAAAAUCACUCCUGAUGAGCUAGAAAACAGGACCUGCCGUGUAUCUUAUUUUUCCUUUAAAGACUCAAAUAUCAGUGGUACAGCCACAUAUCUGUUUUGUUUUUCUUUCAGUUUAUUUCUAUUUUUAGAUUAAAAACAUAAAAGUUAUACCUGUGCUCUGAAUCCUGAGCUAUAUUGCAUUUGAUUUCUACAAGAGCAAUUUAACUGAGUAUGUAACUGCAUAAGUAGGCCAUGGUGACAGCACCCUUCCAGUUGGAGAAUGAUAAUUACAGUGUUAUACUUGGAACUUAUAAUGAAUUUCUUAAUAAGGCACAUUUUCAGCUUCUUACUAAUUGGCUUCUAUUAAGGAUGCUUUAUAAAGUAGGAAUUACUGUCAAAUUACCAAUCAAAUUCCUAUAUUAAUGAUUAGAGAUUUAGAAUAAAACUCUCCCUUUUACUGUAAGUAGUUAUUUGCCUCGCACACCUUUGCCAGGAUUUUUUCUGUUUCCUAUCUUACACACACCCAGGCCUUCUGUCACAUGUCAGCACUCAUACGGUGUAUACACAAGCACACAGGAGCAGCUGUCCACAGGGUCCACUCCAGAUGGUGGCCCCUAGGAAUCCUUAGCCGAAAAGUGCUACAACAGGCUGUUCCUACGGUCAAAUAGGAGAGAAAAGAUAAUUCUAAUCAGCAAUAAUAUUUGCAGAUUUAAAGUAAAUAUGCAAUACUUAGAUUGUUUAGCCUGAAAGACUUGUCGGCAUCUUCCCCAAAUUCAGUAAAUCAAAACUGCUCAUUUUGGUAUGGUGCCUCUCAAAGCAAAACCUUAAGAAGAAAUAUUUGAUUAGUAAAUUUGGUUUUCUUUGAUACGAGAACUACAUUCUUCAUUUGGACAAAGACUCUAGAAACAUCACAAAAUGGCACAAAUAGAUUUUCGCUUUUUCCUUUUGCAUCCUACAAAAUUGAGAGGUUUUAGAACAAUCCGUGGAAAUUGCCUCUCCAGAUGGAUACAUUAAGCUGCAACUCUUCUCAGGUGUUCAUAUGGUACCUAUCCAUACAUACUCACAUAAUAAAACCCUAUUUAAUUUUUUUCUUUUUCCAUAAGUCCAUGAAACAUAGGACUUCUUCAUCCAGGUAGGCACACAAUGGCUUUCCUGAAAGACUCUAUCUGCCAAGAUAGAUUGAUAUCACUCUAUCACUGUUCUUGCUUUAUCUGUGUGACAUACACUGGUUUAAGAGUUAUUUAUGUCUAUCAUUAAUUUUUUUCUUUCUUUUAAAACCUUUUUAUGGAUUCUUUGUGAUUUUCACAUCAUGUACCCCAAUUCCACUUAUCUUCCUCUCCUCUCAUAACUGCCAUCUACCCUUGCCACCUCACCCGAAAACAAACAAACACACAAACAAACAAAAAUAAAACAAAACAUAAAAACCAUUUCAUCAUGGAAGCUGUAGUAUGUCACAAUGUGUCCCACAGUAUAUCUCUCUGUACACACAUCCUUGCUUGCAAAUGUUUAUUGCAAUGUAUCAUUGGUCUGGUUCAAGUUCUCUGGCUUCUGUAAUACCAUCAAUAUUGGCUCUUUACUGGGAUUCCUCCUGGUUAUCCUAUUGUUGCCCUGUGUCAUGGAGAUCAUCCAGUUUGGAUCAGCUUUUACACACCCCAAGAGUUCAUAGAUGAUGUAGAUCUCAGAUAUCACUGAGGCCCAGAUCUGGGGCUUUGAGUUGACCUAGUCCAAAUACUAUAACAUUAAUUUCUUUCACAUGUCAUUUUUACCUUCCUAAUACAUCUUAGAUCUUGAAAUAUAGGUAGUAAAUUUUUUAUUAAAGAAAUAAGUAGAUAAUAUUUCUGGCACCAGUAAUAAAAGAAGUGGAACUCAGGGUCUAGUAGUUCAUUCACCACUUACAAUAUAAAGAUGUUAUACCACCUACCAAGAAAAUACUAGAGUUCUUAUUUAAACUGUGAUUGUUCUGUUUCUAUGACCACAAGACAAACACUCCAGCUUCCAUUGUAAUUUGUUUAUUGUGAAUGAUUUUAUAAUAACAUCAUUUUUAAUUAGUUGGUUUUGAUGUCAUGGCCACCUGUGUAACAUAUAGUAAAAUACUGAUCAACUUGAGUUUUGAAUCAAUGGCAUAAAAUUUUGUGGCAUCAAAGUUAAUCAGAACCCAUGUGUAUGUAUGUCAAAAUGAAAUAGUUGUAAACCAGAUUCAUAUGUUUCCUUCAUGCCAAGUUCAGCUAUACUGAAUGGAAUUUUAUCUUGGAUACAAUUUUUUUAUUCUUCAAAAUCAUCCCAUACACCUUACUUUAGAUAUCUAUAUUUCCUGUGUUAUAGAUUGAGUAUAAAACUGAAGUUGGACUGAAUGCACAUGUAAAGCUUCUACUUAAAGUCUGAACUUUGAACUUGAAUCCUAAUGUGGAAAGAUAAGGAUAAGGAAGUUGUAGUUUAUAUGGAUCCCAAAGUCUUGCAGUUUUGCUGUUCCCAGUUUGUACUGUUUUGCUUCAUCAUUCUGGCCAUUGUGUAUAUACCAUACCAAAAAACAGAACACAAGGGGAUGUCUACUUUUAUUAGAAAGGUGAAAGUGUGCUUUUAAUCUCUCUUGUACAGGUUUCUUUGUAUUUACUGUUACAUUUACUGCAAAUAUGUGAGCAAUGUGUUUCCUUUUACUUGUACAGUGAAAGUGUUUUUUUAAAGAUCCCCUUCUAGUAUGACAUAAUUCACCAUAUCUCCUGUCUACUUUUUCAGAUCAGUAUAAAGAAAACAGUAUAUUAGAAAUAACAUUUGUGUAUAGGUUUAUGUGCUUUUAUUGAAUACUGGCCAGUCAUGGCCUUAUGUAGACUAAGAUUUACUAAUUAUCUACAAGGCUGCCAUGGAGAUGAGGCUGUCUCCUCUCUCCUGCUUUGCUCUUUGUGGUGUGUGAAAAAUGAGCUUGUGAAUUCCCCAGUGUGGUGACACUUAACUCUGAAGUAUCUUAAAGUGAGCUAAUGAUAUUAUUGUCACUGCCACAGUUUUGUCUACAUGGUGAAUCAAUGAAUCCGAAACCUUGUUUCUGCUCAUAUCAGUAUCUACUGUGUCACGAUUAUACCUGAAAAUUUUGUUUUCUGUUAGCACUGUCCCUUGAUGUGUGGGCAGCCUCUUUUGUUGGUUCUCUCCCAAUGCAGGUCAGCUGCUGCUCCAUGGUAAAUAAAACCUGCAGUCUGGGAAUCUCCUGCUAUCCUUGGGACCAUACCCUCCUCUAACAAAUUUCUGCAACUGAUGAGUGAUUCCCAAAAGACAUCCCUACAGACACACAGGCUUACAAAGAACCACAGAAUGUUGAACAUUUUUUGCAAAAUAGCUUUGUAAAUACUGAAACAGACUUCCAUGAACACUAUCUUACCUUUGAAACAGAAAGUAUUCCUUGGCUAUGGGAAAUCAGAUUUUUGAUUUGCAAUAACUAAGAACAUAAAGAAAAAAUUAGAGUGGGAAUUUUCUGUCUCAUAGUGACAUAUUGCUAUGUUUAACAGUGAACACUCACCAGCUCAGCUCUCACUUGCCACAACCGAAUAACCUCUCUUAAAGUAACUCCAGUCCAUCUGUGUGCAUAUACAAACAAGAGGCAAUCUGGAAAAGACUUAGUAUUAAAAAAAAAAAAGCAAGGUGACAGCAAUUAUAAAGGACAUACAAAUAACUGAGGACUCAGAGAGAUGAUGGUGGGGACCAGAAUGAUACAACAAGAUGUUAUUUACACAUUUUUUUUUCUAAGACUCAGAUAUCACGGAAACCAAUUUAAGAAUAAAGACUGUUGACUAUGAAACUAAAGCCAAGCAAUAUCAUGCCCAAAAGAAGCAGUUAUACCAGCAAGUGGAUCAGCUGUGAUCACACAUUAUGUAAUUAUAGUUUGCUCUGUGAAGAUUAGCGGUAACUCAAAGGGCACAUGAAGGCACAGUUUCAGCUUUCUGUUGGAAAGCCUCAUUAGAUGCUUCACAUGAAAAAGCAGCUCAAUGACCAUGAGCAAAGAUUAGCCCAUGUCUCAUGGCAGCCAUGGCAGAAGAGGAGCCAUUGAUUCAAACUCAAAUCAGCUUCAACCAGGAACUUGGUCCGAAACAAACAAACAAACAAACAAAGAAUUUAUAGAAAUUUCUCUUCCUGGACACUAGCAUGCCAGAUAAAAUUCACUUAACUCAACUCAGCCUAGUUGAUUGCAAGACUUAUCAAUGAGAAACAGGCUGCCAAAUGAAAAAGUACUAAAACAUGAGCCCUUUUUAGCAAAAGAACCUCAAAUGAUGCCUUACAGAGAAUGUUCUAGAUGAUUUCUGAAUACUAAUUAUUCAUCAAGUGUCUUUCUGGGCUCAAGUUCAAAGUUGAUUGGCUGCAAAGUAUUGAGAAUUAAGUCACAUAUUUUGCACCUCAGGAAAAGACACUGAUGAUCAACAAAACAGUAAUUAUGAUAAGAUUGUCUCAUGAUCUAUGUGUAUGAGAGAAAAAUUAAAUGGGAAAGAAGGUCUGAUCUAGAUCUCUUCAAUGUUGAAAUGUCAUCAGUUUUUCCCCCAACUAGGGAGAAAAUUAUAAUUUGGUUUGGGGUUGCUUUUGUUUUGUUUUGUUUACAUUGCUGCUAGUAUUAACUUUUGUUUUUGUUUUUCUUUUUGAAAUAACCUGUCUCUUCUUUAGAAAAACUUGUAAGUAGUUCAGCAGUUUCUUCUGAUUCACAUGGCUUUUGAAGACACUUUGUGAAGGAGAUGUGUGGAUGGGCAGAAGGCACUGGUCUUUAUCCAGAGGCAAUCUUGAUGACUUCAGUGUAGACUCACAAGUACUCAUUUAGGCCACAUCUUGGCAUAAGUCACUUUCAAUCAUGUAUUUAAGUGAUAUACAUAUGUUGGGAAAUAGUAGUAUUCUAGACCUGAACCUCUGUCCUUAAAAGAGAGGAAAGACUAAUGUGGCUUGCUAUAAGGGGGUCUACAGAUACCUGCUAUUAAAUAUAAGAAAAGUCAACCAUGCCUGAAAACUCAAGGAAAACUCUCCAGUAGCAAUUACUAAAUCUCUAUAUUUAUUUACCUCUGUUGUAGUAAUAUGUGAUAAUUCUGUAGGUGGUUGUGGAACAUUCGUACAUCCUAUAAGUGUAUACAGUCUGUGGGUAAUUGCUUUGCCACUUUUAUGUGUAGAAAAAAAUAGCAUGAUAUAGCUCAUUUAAAGGCUGUUUCCUAUCACCAACUACGUACAUGCAGGAAAGUUAAUAAAAUCAACAAAAGUGUGUAUGUGUGCAUUCAGUGACAGAAUUAAUUCUUUCAGUACAAAGUCAGGAGGAACUGGGCAUAAUUUUGCUUUGUUUCUUUAUCAUCAUAAGAGUUGCCUGCAGAAUUACCACAAAGGCUGAAUGGAGUGGUUGGUACAUUGGCAUAUUACUAAACAUGCCAGAGCUAAUUUCAUAUGCCAUUGGUCACAAGUAAGGUCAGUUCUUUGACCACUGGGUUGAUUUAGAUUCCUCACACAUGCUCUGUGUUAAUUGUGUGACAGUAUGUGCAUACCAUGAGUGUGAUUGUGUACAUACCUUGUAUGAAUUAUCAAAAUUCUUUAAACAAUUGCAGAAAAGCAGAACAAAGAAAUAAUAAAUCAAAAGCCUCAAAAUGGCUAAUCAAUAUGUAUUUUCAUUUUCUACACAUAAAAUACACAUAUAACCAAAUGUAAAUGGCAUAUCCAAAGAGAUGUGCACACAAAAUGCAUUUUAUUUAAACUGCUACCUUUGAAUAAAUUAUUAACAAAACAAGUAAUAGUUACACCUUUCAUGACUUUCCUAUUUUGCACAAAUCAAUAUUGAAAAUGUGAUGCUCUUCCUUAAAUGAUAUACCCAAGUGGCAGAUUUUACAAGUAAUAAAAACAGAGCCUAUUGAGCAUCUCACUACGUCUGGUAUCUGAACAGAUUCAGAGUUAUUAAUGCUAUUUGUUAAGUUCGGAACAAUAUCUGGAAAUGACACACACUGAGGAAAACCACUUAUAUUUUGAAAGCUGAAUUUGGGCCUUUACCAAUAUUUAUUUGCAUAGCCUGAGAGGAAGCUUACAUCCUCGUUGAAGUAUCUCCAGAUUUCUCUAGUGUAUACAAUGACUCAACGAAGAGACAAUCACAGGCCUUCUCUUGAAAUUAGUAAAACAGUAUGUGCCCAAACCAAAGAGAAAUAAGAGAUCAAAAUGAAAACAAAUUAUAGUAAGAUAUCACAAGACAAUUGGGAGUUCCUUAAGAAACACACUGAUACUCUGUACAGAAUAAUACCAAGGCCAAUACCAUUAUCCAAUUAGUGGCAAUUUGGAACAGAAAUACCUAGUUUAUCACAGUUUUUCUUAAGGAAUUGAUCAAAUUUUACUAAUUUCUUUCCAUGGAAAAUUUCAUCUAUUAAAUAAAGAUCAGGACUGACAUGGUUAAAAGUUAGUUCAAUUUGAGCCAGGUUCCAUGACACUAAAAACUGUAUUAACUAAUUGCUGGGCUAACAAUAUAAAUGGAAAUACCAGAAUUCCCCUUGAUAGAGAAUUCCAUUCACAAACUACAAAUACAACUUUUCAUUAAAGAUUCUGAAUAACAUUGGAAUACACAUAUAUUCCCUAACAGUUGGAUAUUCCUAGAAUAUUUUCCUGGGAAAAAGUGAACUAAUGUUAGCAUUUUCAAGUCUGUGUCUGCUGGUGCUGGAGAGAUGGCUGUGUGGAGUCUGUGUCUGCUGGUGCUGGAGAGAUGGCUGUGUGGAGUGUGUGUCUGCUGGUGCUGGAGAAAUGGCUGUGUGGUUAAGAGCCCUUACUGUUUCUUCCAGAGAGUCUGUGUUUGAUUUCUAGCAGGCACAUGGCAGCUCACAAUCAUCUGUAAUUCCUGUUCAGAUUAGGAACUAAAUCAGGUCUUCACACCUGAGAAAUGGGAAAGGCUAGCCAACCAUACAGACACUGCAUGAUGACUGUGAAUGGCCAGUUUACCUGUGAUGAGCUCCUGAAAUCUUGAUGUUCACCAAUUUUUUUUUGCAUAAGUGAAAUCUGUGUUCCUUUGAAAAAUGCAUAUAAAUUUCAAUAUUACUAGAGAAUUCUGUCAACAUGGCAAUCAUUUGUGUACAUCCUCUGAGAAAGAUCAAAAUGAACUACAAUGUUUGAUCAAUGGAGAAACAGUAAUAUUCAAAAUGCAAAGUAUGAGUAUUAUGGCAUCAUGUCUGUCUACAAAUAUCACAAACUACCUUAUUUAAGAGAGUUACCAUAUCUUGGACAUUUUUCACAAAUAAAAAUGGAAGGUCAUGUCGAUAGAAAGAUAAUGAUCUCACAAACAGACACCAACCCCCAUUUGACAGUCGGUUUUCUAAUGGAUGUUUAAAAUACUGAGAUUCAACUGGUUAGCUACUUUUGUCCUUAAACUUUUUGAAAUAUUAUUUUUUGGACCUCACUUCCCAUAAUAAAUAUAAUAUGAAAUAAAAUGACCUAUGCUUCUAUUAUUGUUACUAUUAUCAUCUCUGUUGUGCAGAUGUUCUUUUAGUCCAGGAUACAUGGUGUCAGUUGAUCUCCUGAAUAACACUUUUCUACUAGAAAUGUGCAAUAAAGCCAA